GUGUCGCAGUAUCCAACCUUGACUGACUGAAAACGCAUAUACGUCACGCAAGCCCGGCUUGGCCGACGACCAGUAGACGUCGCAGUGCAGGUUACAUCCGCGCAUCAGUGUAGGAUAGGUGUUAUGUUUAUCUCGCUCGAAGAUAAGCCGACAAUAGCGAUUAAUUAAACAAAUAUUCGUAUAACCUCUCGAAUGUUCCGCUCUACGAUUUUUUGAUAAUCGCUGCUUUUGCAUACACACCGAUGCAGCGAGUUUACGCGUUUAUAAAGAGGUUGCAGUGAGAUAUGUGAUCACUGCGCGCAAAAGGCUAUAAUUAUUCUCGACUGGAUGCUAUUGUCGCGUUUUAUUUUUUGGAGUAUAAUUAAGUUUCGCAGUUUACAGCUGCUCUUUUACGUUUAAUUCGGUACAGAAGAGAAAUUCUGCUGCGAUUAUGGAUAAGUCCGUGAAGAAGAGGCAAGUGCCUCCGGUAGUUGAAAAACUACUGUCCAUGGAUGUCUACGUGACAGAUCAGUUUGUCAAGGCUAUGGAAAGAUUUUUAGCUUUCCGACAGCUGAGAACUCAUUACAAAUUGCUGGAGUAUUCCUGCCAUGGACUGCUAUGGAUCCCUUGUUGGAUAGGCUUUAUCUGGGUUUUAAACAGUAGAAGCUUGUACCAAAUGCAAGUUAAUUUGUUCAUAGGUCUGAUUUUGGAUGUGAUAUUAAUCGCAUUAAUAAAAGCCAUCACCAGGAGGCGCAGGCCAGCUAAGAACGAGUCAUUAGAAAUAGGGCCUGACAAAUUCUCAUUUCCUUCCGGUCAUGCGUCCAGAGCAUUCUACAUCGCCAGCUUCUUUAUUUACAACUGGCCUGUGCACUUUAUAUUUGUGCCGCCUCUAAUGUGUUGGUCCAUUUGCGUCUGUUUGUCAAGGAUCAUGAUGAGAAGACAUCAUCUGCUCGAUGUUGCUGUUGGGGCUGUCUUGGGUAUUGCAGAGGCCUACUUUAUUGGACUGAUUUAUUUAGAAGACGAAACUUGCAGAGAUUUAAUAUGGUAUAUAACGGAUGAGAAGCUGGAUGGUGGUGAAUACCAUGUGUGAAGACAACCGACUGGUUUUACAUUUUUUCGUACAUUUUACUGUUAAAUUAUUACUCAUUUUAGCGAAAGAUAAUAAAAUGUAUUUUUUAAUAUAUUAUGCACUCUA